AUGUCCGAGAAUCCUUUGCCUUUCAUCUAUCAAUUCGCUGCGGGCGCCAUUGCCGGCGUCUCGGAGAUUUUGGUCAUGUACCCGUUAGACGUUGUGAAAACGAGACAGCAGUUGGCUACCACCUCUGACUACAACGGCACCAUCAGAUGCUUGCGUAAGAUUGUCGCCGAGGAAGGUUUUUCCAGAUUGUACAAGGGCAUCACGGCUCCGAUCUUGAUGGAGGCUCCAAAGAGAGCCACCAAGUUUGCUGCCAACGAUGAGUGGGGCAAAUUCUACAGGAAAGCAUUUGACAUGCCUCACAUGAACCAGUCGUUGGCAGUCUUGACAGGUGCUACCGCCGGUGCCACCGAGUCAUUUGUGGUGGUGCCUUUCGAAUUGAUUAAAAUCAAAUUGCAGGAUAAAACUUCUAAGUUUAACGGGAUGGGCGACGUCAUGAAGCACGUUAUCAAGGAAAACGGUGUCCUCGGCAUGUAUAAGGGAUUGGAGUCCACCAUGUGGAGACAUGUGGCUUGGAACGCCGGUUACUUUGGCUUGAUCCACCAAGUGAGAUCGUUGAUGCCCAAACCAAAGUCUUCGAGCGAGAAGACCAUGAUAGACUUGACGUGCGGUACCAUUGGUGGUACUUUCGGCACAGUUUUGAACACUCCCUUCGAUGUGGUGAAGUCCAGAAUCCAGGCUGGUUCCUCCAAAUACAUCUGGACUCUCCCCUCUGUGGUGACGGUGGCCAAGGAAGAAGGGUUCGCUGCUUUGUACAAGGGCUUCAUUCCUAAGGUCUUAAGAUUGGGUCCUGGCGGUGGUAUUCUUUUGGUGGUCUUUACUACAUGCAUGGACUUCUUCAGAACGAUCCACGAGAAGAAGUAA